AUGACAGUUGACGACAGUGUCAUGCAGAAGCUGUGGAAGCUCACCAAUGAGCUUACUGCCCAGCUGGUGUUCAAUCGCAACGCAACUCUCGAACUCAAACAGCAGCUAGCUGAUCUCCAGGCCAAGACUGCCCAGGGAUCGGUAUCAGUGGCUCAAGAUAUCACCAUGUUCAGCAACCAAGAACAUGCGGAUGUCAGCCUGAGGAUAGCCAACGAGCGGUUGAUGGAGGAGAACGCCCAGCUUCAGGAACAGGUCCGCGAGUAUGAGCGGUGGAUGGAAUUCAUCAUGACUAAAUUUCGCUUGCAGAACGAACUCGCUCUGCAGCUGCAAGAGGAGAAUGCAGUCCUGCAGGCGCGUCUCGUAGAUGUAGGCGCUGUGGCGCGAAAGGCGAUCAACGAAGAGUAUUACAACACCGAGUCAGCCAUAGAGACACUGGAACUUGAGAACCGGGGACUUCGAGAGAUGCUCGGGAUAGCAGCGGAUCACAGGAUUCCCAUCGCCGUACGAGAUCCUGGAAACCGUGUAUCUUUCCCCAGCACUGGAUCAUAUGUCGCGUCGAGCGGCAGCGAUCAGGAACGGCGCCAGGGACACGGACGAAACGCGUCCUUCUCACCUGUUGACCAAUCAACUUCUGCCUUGGGAGCAUCAGAGUGGUCAGCGUCGGAGGUCGAGCCAUACAUGGUUACAUUUGAUACCUCCCGCACCAACACUGCGUCCAACUCAAAGAUGGCCUCGCCGCUGCUAGAGUCCACAAAGGACUUUAGUACUGAGCCUGAGCCAGCCUUUGCUCUUGAUACACCACGAGCAGCGACAACCACUGCAACAGCUACAGCUACAACCACAACGGCUUCUCCGGCUAAAAAGAAGACCGCCGACACUACAACUAAAGCUUCGACUGCCAACAGCAACAGCAACACAAGCCUGGCAAGGUCUACCUCAGGAGCCAACACGAACGCAAGCAGCAACAACUCGACUACCAAAGGAGGAAUGAUGAUCAACACGGGUGUCGCCACCAAGAAGAACGUCACUAACUCUAGCCAUCCUCCCAUCAGCAACUCGUCUGCACUCAAGACCAAGAAGACUCAGCGGAAACAAAAGGCAUAG